AUGUGCUUUGCAAAUCGAAGUCGCUGCAAGCGAUGCAGCAAGGAAACCAUCCAAUACGUUUCCAAAUGUGAGCAAUACCCUGAGGUCACCACCCAAACCGCCACUCACGCCAUUCGAGGCCGACAUCGCCGAAUCAGAUGCUGCAAGGAAUGCAGGCGCACCGAAAGACAACAAGCUGCAGAAGAAGCCGAAUCAACCACUAUGCAUCACCAACAAGCCAAAGCUAUCCUUGAAUGGCAAAGAUUGGAGCGACCGCUUCCAUUGACCGAUGAAGCUAUUGCUAGUAAGUACACUGAUCUCUUCAUGAACCAAGGGAGACUUCAUCCUUACUGUAUUGGCUUUACUGACAUGCAUAGAAACUGUAUUUCAGGACACAGACAACAUCUUGCGGCCCGUUCUAGGGAAAUCCAGGAAGCACUUGAUGAAGUCGAAAGUGUAUUGACUGAUGCUGAAAUCGAAAUCAUCUCCAUGGUCCUCUCCGAAGACGAGAUGUUCGACGAGUGCAUUCAAAGACAAGCCGAAAUCGAUUCUGGCGCCAGAACCAUGACUGAAUCCGACAAGGGGUUUUCAUUACACGAAGUUGGUAGCACUCGAAACUUCAAAAGAGCCAUGGAAACGAUUAAAUUGGCAGCGAGAAGAAACAACUUUGGAACUUGGACCGCAGACAUGCCGGAUCGUUAUGUUGCCGAAGACAGAGUUCGUCGGGAAAUCAUCUCCUAUAUCGACGCCUUGGAACAUGCUAACGCAGAUGAUGACAGAAUCGACAAAUUCAUCAGCCGGGUCAUGCGCAAAUUUCAAAAGGAUGAGGAGACCUUCGACUUUGAUCCCAAGGCCCGCACCUUGACGAGUGAGAUUCCUAUAUGGGGCAGAGUCGAAGAUCGCAAGACCUUCUGCGAAUGGAAACACGAGAACGAGCAAUCGUUAGAAAACUUCACGGGAAAAUUUGACCGAUGGUAUACACUUAUGAAUCAGUAUCGAAAGUACUUGGUAGAAGUUGCCCCAGCCCAAGCCACUUUAUUCUCGAUUUCACGAAACACGAUCGCUGCACGCAUGUUUCGGGCUCUCGCUGGGAGACCCGAACCAGCAUCAUUAGCAAAUGUACCCGAGUCCAAACAACCCGCACUCCAGCCUCACGAUAAUUCCGAUGACGAAGUGAGUUCCUUGGAACUAAGCGAUUACGUUAAUUCUGAUUCCGAGGAUGAUCCUUCUAACAUGGCAUUAUCAGAUUCCUCCGGCAACGAAUCCAGCGGAAUAGAGAUGACACCCUCCCGACAACGAAUCCAGCAAUCCCUUGCAGGACUCGCGCAAUUGGUUCAGAUCUCUAACGAAUUCAUCCGCGAACUCCCAGGUCUAAUCGACACCGGAGCUGCCUAUCUCAACCAAUGCAUUCGCUUCUUAAACGACCGAUUAGCUAGCGAUAGCAAUCCAACAGAAGCAGAAUGGGAGAUUGUUAGACAGUACACCGCAAACGCCAUGGAGAUGCUCAAUCAUUUGAACGAUGAACGAAAUGCCAGAGCUAGCAGACAAGCCGAGCAAGAACAACCUAGUGCGUGGCACGAACCAACACCAGAACCAGAACCCUUUUUCGUUGAUGUCACACCCAUGGAGGUUGGGGUCAUUGAGGAGGAACCCGAUGACAUUGCCUAUGGCCGUCGCAGUAUCUUUGGUCUUUCAUCGCCAGCGGAAGGCAACGAAUGGUUACGAUUAGAGGAGGAAAGUGAGGAUGGAGAAGUUUGGCGUGGUGAAUUGUUUGAAGAGGAUGAAUAG